AUGUCUAAUUUAUAUUAUUGCAUUUAAAAUAUUUUUCCAACCGCGGUAUAUUUUAAUGUGAUUACAAUACCUACAGUUUCUUUUGACAAUCAUAAAAUGUAGUAAGAUUUUCAUAAUUCAUGACUCAUGAUUGUUAAUCUGUCGCCAUGUUGGCUUACCAUGUUAAUAACCACUUGUAAGCCGUAAGCUAAUAAUCUAUAUUAUCUAAUGAUAUGGUUGCAAGACAUAUUGGUCAUUGUCAUUUGCCGGCGCGAUCUCACUCAAGUCUCAAAAAUCUGAGCUAUUAAGAACGACGAGAACUAAUAGUUCAUCGUCUCCGAACAGUCAAACCGACAAUCAGUUUCGUCGUGUAGUAUUACGGAAGUCUGAAGACGCGAGUAACACAUCUAUUUUUAUCUAUCCAUCAAAAAAUGAAUGAAGCUAUAAGAUUAGAUCUGCAAGAUAAGGCUGCACACAUAAGUUCAUUAAACAAAACUCCAGCCUCUAUUGUACAAGAAUAUGCAGCUAAAAAUCGCCUUGUUCCUCAAUACAAUCUCAUUCAUAAUGGUAUUGCUCAUAGUAAGAUCAGCUUUAAGUAUAGUUUGACUAUGGAUGAUUAUGUUGCUGUAGGCGAAGGGUCUUCCAAAAAAGAAGCCAAACAUGUGGCAGCAUUAAAUCUUCUUAAAUUUAUGAUUGAUGAUAAACCCCAAUUAUUAAAAACUGAUUUUAAACAGUGGGAUUUUGAUAAUCACGUGGUAUCUCCAUUUGAUAAAAAUAUUAAAGAAAACGCUGUUGGAAAACUGAAUGACAUUUGUACAAAUAAUAAGCUGGGAAUACCAGAAUUUCAUUUAGUUAGAGAAGAAGGACAAGCCCAUGCUAAACUAUUUACUUUAAGUUGUCAUGUAGCUAAAAUGAUAGAAACAGCAACACACAAAACCAAAAAACAGGCCAAACAUUUAGCUGCUGUUCAGAUGGUAAACAGAUUAAUGUCCAUUGACAAGUCACUGGUUAUGGAAGCGGUAUCGCCAGUAUCAGAUUCCAGGAAAGUCUUGGAACAAGUCGAAAUUAUCAAAUCAGAGCAACUUAAAAAAACUAUACCUAUGGAUGAGCAAUUUACUAACUAUCAUAUACUUUUUAAAAAUACUGAAUGGCUACACUCAGAUACACUAAAUAAAGUUAUCAAUCAGUACCACAAAAACGAUGACUUUGACUUACCUGAAUCUUUGAACAUUUUGUACAAAAUUGUCAAUGAAACUGGAAUGUGCUUGACUUCAAUACCUAUAGAUGAAGAAUUUAUUACUGUAACAUAUCGUUCUUUUUUUAUUUUUUCUAUAGAAAAUGUAUACCCUCCUGUUUGUGGUGUGGGUGAAGCUGACACCAUUGAAAAUGCUAAAUAUGUUGCUGCCAAACGGUUACUCAUUGCAAUUUGUAUAUUAUUAAAUUGAAGACAUUUCAUUUUAUUCUACAAUAAUUCAAGUUAAAUAAACAAAACAAAAAA